AUGCACAUUUAUCGACGCCAGGCCCGGAAUCUGGCAUGGUAUGACGAUGAGGACGAGCCGGCCUCACAUAACCCGUUCAAGAAGUUCCGCAGACGUCCCCAGCGCUCGCGGUCCAUUGAACUCGAGAACCAGCUCUCCAACACCCGCAGUCUGGGCGAGUUCACUCCCGUCGAAGACCCGCAGGUUCAGCAAUACACGGCAAAUGGCGCGAAUGUGAAUGGCCCCGAGUACUCAGGCUCUUUCCCGCCUGUGUCUGCGGGGAGCGAGCAGUUCGCCGGCACCGAGAGCAUGGCCAAGUCCGGGCCUGAUCCCUCGAUGGCCAGCCAGGAUCCCAUUAAUGUCUCGACGACGCGGGGCCUGGAUUUAGAAAGCGAGGAGUCUCCCAAACCCCGGAUGCGAAAGGGGUUCCUGGGCAAGUUUGGACAUAAGUCUGAGGAUGAGAUGGAUUCAACGUCGGAAGACCAGAAGUCGGUUGAAAAGCCCAAGUUCUCGGUGGGGUCGCAAUUGAGGGCCACUGUCUUCAACUCGUGGAUCAAUGUUCUCAUCCUUGCUGCGCCUGUCGGUAUUGCGCUGCAUGCUGUCGACUCCAAUCCGAUUGCGAUUUUCGUGGUCAAUUUCAUUGCCAUCAUUCCUCUCGCGGCUAUGCUCAGUUACGCGACGGAGGAGAUUGCUCUGCGUGUCGGUGAAACGAUAGGUGGUUUGCUGAAUGCCUCGUUCGGCAAUGCCGUCGAGCUGAUUGUGGCCAUCAUCGCGCUGGUCCAAAGGAAGGUGCUGAUUGUGCAAACCUCGUUGAUUGGCAGCAUGCUGUCUAAUUUACUGCUGGUCAUGGGCAUGUGCUUCUUCUUCGGCGGUAUCAACCGCGUCGAACAGCAUUUCAACGUGGUCGUCGCACAGACGGCAGCCAGUCUCCUCGCCCUGGCCGUGAGCAGCUUGAUCAUCCCCACUGCAUUCCACUCGUGGUCCGAAGGCCGCAAGGAGAUGACCACCCCCCUGUCUCGGGGCACCAGUGUUCUCCUUCUGAUCGUGUACGGCUGCUAUCUCUUCUUCCAACUCAAAUCCCACGCCGAGAUGUACAACCGGCCCAGUCCCAAGGUCGAGAAGCGGCGCGGCCACGUCACCGAAGGCGACACCAGCCGCGGCCUGGCCCAGAUCGGCAAGAUGACCGCCGCGCCCAUGGGCGGCCAGAACGCGCAACAGAUGUCCCUGCAGGAUCCCGAUGAUGAGACCGAGGAGCCGCAGUUGACGGUGGUGGUUGCGCUUAUUACGCUCUGCUGCGCGACAGCGUUGAUUGGCGUGUGCGCUGAAUUUAUGGUCGACUCGAUCGAUGCGUUGACGGCUACCGGCAACAUCCGCGAAACCUUUGUCGGCCUAAUUCUCCUGCCGAUUGUGGGUAAUGCCGCCGAGCACGCCACUGCGGUGACGGUCGCCUGCAAGGACAAGAUGGAUCUUGCGAUUGGCGUGGCUGUGGGGUCGAGUAUGCAGAUUGCGCUGCUGGUUCUGCCGCUGAUUGUUGUGCUUGGGUGGAUUAUUGGUGUUGAGGACAUGACUCUUGGAUUCGAUAGCUUCCAGGUGAUUCUGCUGUUUGUGUCUGUGCUUCUGGUCAACUACCUCAUUGGAGACGGCAAGUCGCACUGGCUCGAGGGCGUCCUGCUGAUGAUGAUGUACCUCAUCAUCGCGAUUGCCGCGUGGUUCUAUUAG